GAGGCGUGGACAAGUAUGUGAGUUUGCAUCUCAGGCUCAGCUCUGAAAUUUUGUGCAAUUCAGUCCCUUUUCGCUUUAGUUGGCACUCACAAGAAAGCCGCAUAAAUACUGAGAGUUGAGUUCCAUGGCAUUUGAAACUGCACAAAUUUUGAUAAGCAAACUAAAUUUGGUUGCAAGUCAUGAACCUAACUUUCCGGGUUUGAAAACACAUGUCAUUGACUCAAUUGAAGAGCUAAAACAUUUGCAGAAAAUCUUUGAAACGGCAGAUACAAUUGAUAAUGAGUGGGAUGAGCUUCUGAAAAAUAUAUAUUCUUUGGAGGAUGAUAUUGAAAUCCUUUUGGGCAGAAUGAUGGUGCCAAGUCGCAAAGUCAUGAGAAAGAGGCGUACAUCCACCAGUUACUUGAGUGAAGGGUCUUUAAGCAUUAAGAUUGAUCAACUGACAGAGAGCAUAAGGAAUUACUGCAACAAAAUUCAACCAAGUCCAUCAAGUGAUCCUGGAAUUCCAGAAGCAGAUUCUAUUAUUCCACCGACGAAGUCAUCAACCGAGUCUGAAGAUCUGCAAGUCUCAACUGACAAUGAGACUAUUACAUCAAAUGCAUCUAUGAUUGUUUUGCCAGACCUUGAAAAGAAGUUAAGUCAACAAGUACUUAGCCGGAUUACUUCGCAAUAUCUCUUUUUAACUGUUGAUGGGGCAUACCUUGGUAAGGCGAUUCUUCUGUGGACAGUCUAUAGUGCAGAUGAUAUCAAAGGGCAUUUCCAGUGUCGUGCUUGGGUUCGUGUUUCUGAAGAGCGUGGACAAAGAGAUAUCUCACUUGACAUUCUAAAACAGAUUAGUGGUGGCAAAGAGGAAGAGAGGCUACCCCUUCAGUCACCGCAGCGGAGCCUCCACGAUUUCUUAGUUUCAAAGAGGUAUUUGAUAGUUUUAUAUGGCGUCCACACAGCUGAGUUUUGGGAUAGUAUCAAACCAGCCUUCCCAUACUCAUUGAAUGGGAGCAAGGUGAUUACUGUUGUUCAGAAUGAGAAUGUUGCAAGGCAAAUUAGUUCAUGGAUUGGUCAGAGAGACAAUUUCUCUGGGAAAUUAUUAGAUCGAUGGCCUCAAUCUUCUACUUAUUUGGAGGACGAAUACGGCAUUACUGGUGUGAAGGCUGCAAUUGACAAGCUAACACAAUCAAUUCUAAACCCGCACAUUUUGCUUUUCCUCAUUUCAAUCAAGGGUACGGCAGGCUCGGGCAAGACAACCUUGUUAUGGCCAAUCUACAACGGAAAAGACGUUAAACGGCACUUUCAAUGUCGUGCUUGGGUUGAUGUUCCACAGGAGUAUCAUGAAAUAAAUGUUCUAACCGACAUAUUUGAGCAAGUCACUAAUGCCAAGUUGAAAGAAGAGCCAACUGUUGAGUUACUACGAAAACGACUUCACAAUUUCUUAGCUAAAAAGAGGUACCUUGUGGUUUUAUGUGACAUAUGGACAAGUAAACUUUGGGGCAAACUCAAGCUUUCCCUUCCAAAUUCCUUGAAUGGUAGCCGGGUGAUUUUUAUUCUAACCGGAGGUGAAGCUAACUCUGAAAUGGUGAGAAAGUCCCCCGACUUAAAAGAUGUGCGAGAAGUUUUUUCAGAUCAAACGGUUGUAGAGCACCACAGUAGACUCUCUGAUGGUGAGGACGAAGAGUCGAGCAUUGUUGGUUUCAUUGAUAAAGAAAGGGAGUUAGAAGGACUAACACUCAACAGCCACAAGUUGCAUUUUCUAAUUUCAGUGUUAGGGGUGGUAGGUUCAGGCAAAUCAACUCUUGUCUGGACGAUCUAUAACAGUGUAGCAAGUAAGAGGCACUUCAAAUGUCGAGCUUGGGUUAAUGUGCCUCGGCAGUUGGAUGAAUUCAAUGAGAAACAGCUAUUAGUUGAUUUAUUGGGACAGCUUAGAAAUGCCAAGCAAAAGGAGAGCUUGACACCGGAGCAGUUGAGGGAAAGGCUUCAUCUUUUCUUAACCUGGAAGAGAUUCUUGAUAGUUUUGGAUGAUGUUCCUACACUGGAAGUUUGGGAGAGACUAAAUCGUUUCUUUCCAAAUUUAUCAAAUGGAAGCAGGGUGAUAAUCACUACUCGGAAUGUGUAUCUAGCAUACCAUAUCAAUCCAGAGGUUGUAGUUCUGCAGCUACGAUCUCUAACUGAUGAUGAAAGCUGGGAAUUGUUCUUGAAGAAGGUACAAGCUGCAAAGAAAAUGGAGAAAGAUGAAAAUGAUUCACAGCUAAUUGCUUUAAAGGAGAAGAUCUUGCAAAGAUGUCAUGGCCUACCUCUUCUAAUCGUCCUGCUUGGAGGUUUGUUAUCUAGGAAGGACUAUGACGAAUGGUCAAGUGUGAUAGAUCGUUCCAUUCAUAAAAUGGGAAAGAAAAAGAAGGUAACCACUGAAGAUCGAAUGAUCCCCUCUGAUAAAUCAGCUUCCUCAAAUGCCAUGCAAAAGAAUGAGAGGACAGCAACAGUGAUGGAGCUUCAAAAUGAACAAAAGGAGAAAUUGCAUACUGAGGCAACAUCUGGUGAAGAUCAGUCAAAAUCCUCCGACAAAUUGUCCGUUCAUAAAAUGGACAAGAAAAAGAAGGUAAGCACUGAAGAUCAAAUGAACCCCUCCGACAAAUCAGCUUCCUCAAAUGCCAAGGAAAAGAAUGAGAAGAAAGCAUUAGUGAUGGAACCUAAAACAGCUUGUAGAGAUGAAAAAGAUUUUCCAAAUCUGUUCAAGCAAACAGAAGAAAAGAGGAAAUUGCAGACUGAGGCAACUUCUGGUGAAGAUGAUUCAAACUCCUCAGACAAAUUGUUAGUUUCAGCUGAAAUGCUUCUCUCAGAUAUUAUGGCUUUAGCCUAUCAGGAUUUAGACCCGGCUGUGAGGUGCUGUCUUCUUUACUUGGGUCUUUUUCCCAAGUCAUAUGAGAUUCCUCUUAGAAGGUUGUGUCACUUGUGGCUUGCUGAGGGGUUUGUGCAAACAAUAGAUCAAGUGAAAACACCUGAAAAGCUAGUGGAAGAAUAUUAUGAAGAGCUCAAGUGUAGAAACAUGAUUGAGGUUACAAAGCUAAAAUUAAAUGGACGCCCCAAGUCGUGCCGCGUGCCAAAUACCAUAUAUGACAUCCUCUUCCUAGAUACAGAGAAAGUUGGGGUUUUUCACUUCUCCAACAUUUCAGGUAUAUGUGGAUCACCGUGGUUUAACAUCCGGCGGCUUUCAGAAAACUCGGGUAUUCCCUCUAAGCCCGAACACAUAGAAAAACGAUUUGAACGACUGCGUUCUUAUAUUUCUUUCUACGGAAAAAGAGGAGAUGCACCUACAUAUGGAGUAAAGGAACUUCUAAGCAAGGUUGUUGAAAAAGGCUUUCGAAUGCUUGUAGUGCUUGAUCUAGAAGGUGUUUACAAACCAGUGCUUUCUGAUACACUGGGCAAUCUGCCUUACAUAAAGUAUUUGGGCUUGAGGCGAACACUUUUGGAUGAUGUCCCACAAUCAGUUGGUGACCUGCGUCACCUGGAGACGUUAGACAUAAAGCACACUUUCAUAACCAAGUUGCCUAGUACCAUCUGGGAGGCAAAGAAACUUCAGCAUUUGUACAUGAGUGAUAUUGAUGUUGAUUUGCUUACUCUGAAGCCAUCAGCUAGUGGUUCAUUGAACAAUCUGAAGAUCCUGUGGGGGUUGGUGAUUAAAAGCGGGAGUCCUGAAAAAAAUUGGAUGACAAGUUUGGUUGAUCUGAGGAAAUUGAAAAUAACUUGCAACGAAGCAACGAAUGAAGUCACAGGUUCCUGGAUCACUCGAAUGGACAAACUUCAGUCCUUGAAAUUGAGAUUAUUAGAUAAAUUCAAUAAACCUUUAGACCUGAGAGUGGAGGACAUGCAGAAAUGGAAGCAGAUGAGCCUAUCGCAGCUGUAUUUGCUUGGAAAAAUUCCAGAUCAAGUUGAUACCUUUGAUUUUCCUGAAAAUCUUGAAGUUCUAACACUGUCAAUGACACAUCUGUCAAAAGAUCCAAUGAAAAAGCUUGGGGAGCUGAAACAACUGAAGGUCCUUAGGCUUUAUGCUCAAUCCUUCUUGGGGAGAGAGAUGACUUGUGAUCGCGGCGGAUUUCCGCAGCUAAAGGUCUUGAAAUUGUGGAUGCUCUAUAAAUUGAACUGCUGGACUGUGGAACAAGGAGCCAUGCCAAUGUUAAGAGAAGUGGAGAUCAGAGGCUGCAAAAAUCUUAAAAAGCAUGAUGGUUUGGAAAAACUAGAAGCCUUGAAGGAAUUGACCCUUACAAAUAUGGCAGAAGACUUUGUAGCAAAUGUGGAAAGGAGCAUGGAUAGCAGCAAUGUAGCAAUCACGAAUAACUUCUACUUUUCUCCUUCAUGGGAACAAUAAAUUUUGAAGGGGAGAGAAUGGUUCAGGUCCCUAACAACUGAUAACAAGGCCAUGGCAUCUUCCUGAGAUAAUGGCCUCCCUUAUUUCUUCCCC